AUGCCUACUAUCAUCAAUAUCUUGGAAUAUUUGAGGCUGAAUUCGACGACACUCCUUGCGGCGACGGUCGUCGCUCUGGGUUUCUUGUUGGCAUUGAAGGCCCUCUCGAUGAAGACUGCCUUCGCUCAGCGGAGCAAAGGCUUGCCUCUCCCUCCGGGACCAAAGGGCCUCCCAAUCCUCGGGAAUCUGCUUCAAAUUCCAAAAGUUAAACCAUGGAAGGUGUAUGCCAGUGCGGAGUGGAAGAAACAAUACGGCAAGUCAUUCUCUAUUCUGUUCUUCAUAUUGUCCGAGCGAAGGAUUGAAUCUCUCUCAAUUUAUAAAUUUACCAGGCGAUAUGAUUUACCUCGAAGCGUUAGGCCAACGAUGCGACAAAACUGGGGCUUUGCAAUGAUGGCGUAUGGAAACGAGUGGAGGGAACGCCGGAAAGCGUUCCACCAGUUCUUUCAUAACAGUGCUCGUGGUAUUCAACCUGUGGUUGAAAAAGAGGUUAGAGAUUUCUUGAAGAGGGUUUGUGUUGAUCGGGGUGUUGGGGUUUGGGAGGAUCUUCGGUCGGCAUUCGGUCUGAUACUCCUCCGGGUCACCUACGGCUCCUAUCCGAAGCAGCCUAACUCGGAAGGCCAAGAACUCCUCACAGAUCUCCUCUCCAUCGCACAAACACUCGUCCUAGCGGCAGUCGAGUACCUGAAUCCAGGCCGCCUCUUGGUCAACGUCCUCCCCAUCCUCCGAUUCGUACCCGCUUGGUUCCCGGGUGCGGGGUGGAAGCGGACGUUGUUGAGAUUGGCAGAUUUGACUGAUUAUUUGCAUGAGAAGCCUUGGGAGGAGGUUUUGGCGAGGGCUGCAGGCGUGCAAAGCGAGUACCCAAGUUUUGCUACAGAGUUGAUUCAAGGCCUGGCGGAAGAAGGAACGGAACUGCGAGCGAGGCAGGAAUCUAUCGCCAAAGAUGCUAUGGGGCAGGCGUUUGGUGCGGGCUCAGACCCGACGACCAGUGCAGGAUACGUCCUCCUCUUCUGCCUCGCAACAAACCCAGAAGUGCAGCGUAAAGCCCAACACGAGAUCGACAGCCUCACCCUCGGCAACACCCUCAACAACAACGCAUCCGACGGCAGCUCGGAUUCCAAACUCUUACUAUCAAUUGACGACUUGGAUCGCCUUCCAUAUGUCCAAGCCAUCAUCAAGGAAAUCGGGAGAUGGCAUACGACAGUCCCUUUCGCGUUACCACACAUGACCACCGCGGACGACGUGUACAAUGGGUAUUUCAUCCCUGCGAAGACGAUGAUUUUGCCGAAUACCUGGGCGGUCAUGCACGACCCGGACAGGUUCUCUGAACCUGAAUCUUUCAGACCCGAGCGGUACCUGAGUGAAGACGGGAAGAAGAUAGACACUUCGGUAUUGGAUCCAGCGUCUGGGAUAUUCGGCUAUGGGCGAAGAAUCUGUCCAGGAAGAAACCUGGCCAACGACAUAAUCUCCCUUCUGACUCUCAACCUCCUGGCCUACUUUGACGUCAGACCACCGGUGGAUGAGGUGUCUGGAGAAAGGACGACCCUGAAGUUUGAUACGCCAACUAGUUUGCUCGCCAUCCCUGAACCAUUCGAUUGCGAGAUCACACCCCGAUCCCCGAGACACAAGAGUGUAUUGGAAGCGAUGUAG